UGGUGGAGUGCUGCGUUCACUACGCUUUAUCACGUGAUCAAAACAAACUUAAAAAAGUUAAAAAACAAGCUGAAUUAAAACUUAUGAAAAGAAUGCUGCAAAACUAUAACAAACAUUGCAAGCAAUUGAAAAGAAAAGUUUAUACUUGGUAAUAAAUAUAUCGAUCAUAACAGAAAAAUACACCAUACGUUUUUUAUAUAUGCUGUAUUAUAUUUCUGUGCAAGACUUUGAUGUAUGAGUUGGCCGGAAGAACGCAUAUUUAGGUGAGACGAUGAAGGGAAAGGAGAAGGCAUGGACCUUUGUUGAUAGCAUCGAUAAUGAUGAUUCUGAGAGUUCAAGUACGGCCACGUCAUCUUCUGAUGACUUUGAGGUAGUUCCAAGUAGAGAUGUCGUAACUCAGAGCGAGUAUGAGGUUAUACCGCAGCAAAAAAUUCGUUCGCUGGACGAAAACGAGUUGGAAAUACACGAAAACUAUUUCUUAUUCGGAAAUACCCAACCAAUUAAAACCGAUUCAGAUAUAGAAGUGUUACAGCAACGUCCGGAACAGCAUUUGUAUUCGCAAAUGUUGCAGAAAAACACGUCAAACAAUGAAUUUCUUAUCAAGUCAAAUGAGAACUGUGAGGAAGAGAUUAAACACUGGAAAGCAACGAUGGAGAGUGAUGACGAAGAUGAUUCGGAUAUAGAAGUGUUGUCCAAAUCUGUCGCUACCACCGCAGCGGAGGACGAAUCGUUAGAGAUUGUAUUUGCGAAUGAAAAUUACUUUCAACAUAAGAGUAAAGCUAAAAAAAACAAGACGAUUGAAGAUAACUUUGGCUUUGACAUGUUGUUCAAUGAGGAGUUUGAAGAAGAAAAAGAAAAAGAAAAGAGAACAAAAGUAAAAGAGAGAGGAACAGAGAGAGGAACAGAGAGAGGAAAAAAGAAAGAAGGAAAAGAGAAAGGAAAAGAAAAGGAAAAAGGAAAAGAAGUAAAAGAAAAAAGCGAUCUUGGAAUCAAAAGCCUAUUUGACAACCAAGAAGAUGCUGAAGAAGAUUUGGGCAUUAAAACUCUUUUUGAGGUUAAAAAUGAAGAAGAACAAUACGAUAUCAAAGUUCUCUUUGAAGGAUACGAAGAACAUGAAGACGAGAAGGAUUUCACGUCAUUGUUUGACAAAAAAGAAAAGAAGAAUCAGUUCUUUUUAAUGAAAACAUCAACCCUUGUCAUCGUCUUUUGUCUGUGUGUAGCCACUGGUGUUUGCGUAGGAAGCGGCUGUGCCUCAAUGUUUGUCAGCAACGGAGGAGAGAAAGAUAACGUCCCCUCGUCUUCGACACAAAGCAGUAAAGACCUCCCUCCUGAAAUCUUCCUGUUCUUGAGCAAGAAAAUCAACAAGCUUAAUAUUACUAACAUACGAUCUUCUCAAACGAUGAAAAAUAGUGUACGGGAUCUUCUUGCGUCGUAUUACACAUUGGAACAAGAACAUGGAGCCUUAAAAACAUCUUUGGAAGAUUUAAAAGAACGAUACCAUCUUCAGAAACAAAUGACAAUGUACUGGAAAAAACAAGUGAAAAAGGCGGCCACUGAUAAGGCUAGACCAAUCAGGGUAAUGAUGAAUGGCGCCAUGGACAUGUCAAAAUACGCAGAUGACGUUGAUGUCAUUAUUCAAGACAUUUUCAAUUUGUCACCUGUUGAUAAUGGCAGUGCAAUUGCUGAUUUGAAAGAUCAGUUGCAACAGGAGAAGGAAAAGGUGAUAUACUGGCAGAAGAAGUAUACAUCCUUGAAAUUAUCAAACCUUCGAAAGUGUGCAAAAAUCGGAAAAUCAAUGAAGAACUUGACCUUUUCAUUUUCCUCUUGCCUUACCUUAUUUUCAAACGUUCUUCCUGAUUUUAACAUAACAUCAAACCUUCCAUUAUUCUCAAAACCUGUCGAAAAAAUAUCAGACCAUGUAAAUAACGUAUGGAGCAAAUUAAAAAGUCAAUGGAAGAUAAAAGCUGGAAAUUCUAAAGAACAAACUACACUGGAAAAUGUUAAUCGUUUUCGAAAGAUCUUUAAAAUUGGUAAUAUGAUCAAUUCAGUCAAAAAAGAUGAACAGGUUAUUGACGAUAAUCAAUAUUGUCCUGAUGCAUCAUUUAAAUCAUUCCAAAGUAGAUGGAAAAAUGAGAUCAAUCCUGAAUUUCCAAAACCUGAGGCAGCAAAAUUGAAUGAUGUAUGUGUGGAAUGUUCUGUGAUAGCUCGAAAAGGCCUCAAAACGCUUUACAAAUGUGGACAGGAGGUUUAUGAAGAAGCAAUUGACGAAGGCUUUGAAAGGGAGAACGUGCGAUUCCCUUGUGUACUUGGUGAUAUUUAUGUGGAACUAGUCAAUGAAAAGUCAAGGACCAUUACCAAACUGGAAAUGCCUGAAUGCCGUCUAGGCACAAACGAUAAUAAAAUCUGUCCUGAUGCAGCAUUUAAAUCAUUUGAAAACAGAUGGAGAAAUGCGAAACGUGACCACGUUUGUUUAAAAUGCUCUGUGAUUAAACAAGAAAGUCUCAAGACUCUCUAUAAAUGCGGAGAGGAUGUUUACGAAGAAAUCAUUGAAGAAGGUUAUGAAAGAGGGUACACUCGAUUUCCUUGCGAAUUAGCAGACGUCUAUGUGGAAUUAGUCAAUGGAAAAUUAAAAACAAUUACUAAACUUGACAUGCCUGCGUCUCAUUUGAACCAACAAAAUGCUGAUGACUAUCAAAAGAAUGAUGAAGUGAAAGAUGCAGACGAAAGUGAGACGUGGUACAAAAGUAAACUUGCCGAAUUAAGCUUUAAGUUUGAUCUGUAUAAAUGGCAAACGGAUAGAAAGAUCAAAGACGUUAUAAUGGAAGUUGAAAACAAAAUGUCUAGUGCUGUCAAGAGCAAAAAUGAAGAAAAUAUGACCGCAGCAAAACCAAGUGAGGGACAUGGUAAAUCUAAAGAUAAUGAAAAAUUGAAUGAGUAUGAAACCGCCAUGAACGAGUUAAAAGAUAAGAUGAAGGCAGAGAAAAAAAAGUUCCAAGAAUGGAAAUUUGAAGAAAAGUUAAACACCAAAUAUAAGAUUGAGGAUUUGAAGAUGAAACUAAGGAAGCAAAAAGAAGAGUUUAAAAUAAAGGUUUACAAAGCAAAACAGCUAGUAAAAUCACACCUAAAAAAUGAAUAUCAAAAAUUAACUCAAGCAAAGGAUAAAUUCAGGGAAAAAAAGACCAAACUAACGUAUAGAGUGGCGUAUUACAAGACAAAGUAUCAAAUGUUGACAGAAAGGACGAAGGAUUGGAAAGAGAAAUACAAUCAGCUAGUGUAUAUGUACAAUGCUAUAUUGCAUAAAGUAAACGCAGCUGAAAAUCAAAGAAGGCCAAAAACCGAAAAGAAAAUGAAGAGGGAGAGAAAGAAGAAGAAGAAGUAUGACGAGGAAAAAUCAUGGAGGAUUCCUAUGACGUCUUCUCGAUCUGUAUUUAACAUGGCGCAUUUUUAUGACCGGAAAGAAGAUGCUCCUGGUAAACCUGUUCCACCGAAAAGAUUAGGUAUGCCACAAGAACCAACAAUCACACGUCAACCAUCAUUAGAUGUAGCAGAACAAUAUCUUCAAGAAUCCAUCAUUAAAACGCCUGAAAAAACAACACUUCCAAAGCGCUUGAGCGCCCAAAAGCAACGACAAAGUUCCGAGUCACCAGCAGUGUGGUACGGUACCUACUCUAUGCAAGAGGGUAAAUUUUUACAAAGAAAUCACCCUAAACCAUCAGGCCCACAAAGUAUAUAUGUUUCAGAACAACCCCCAACGCCCCAACAACGCACUAAUGAGGAUGAAUUCUCUCUACCGUUACGCCCAUCUGCGCCUCAGAGAGUUCAAGAUGCACACCAGCACAAUGCUUCUUCUCUUGAAGUUGAAGAUGACGACGAGAAAGCAAUUCCUUACUCAUGGUACUUAUACUGGGGUAAACAACGCGAAACAUUUAACCAGUAUGAAGAAGACGAGAGAAUAAAUUGGUAUACAGCAAGAUUCAACUCUCGAGCUCAUCAUUACAACCAAUACAAUGACGAAAAGGUGGAGGAUUGGUAUCGGUCCAGAAUGAAAUCGCGUGAUUCGUAUCGAAGAAGCACUGAACAUUAGAGACUGUGAAAGGGACAAGAGGAUUAUGGGAGAAUAAUUUGUAGUAACUAUAGUAUAUUGAAUUAAUAUUCAUGUUAUAUUUCUUAUUUUUUUCCGUCUUGAUCGCAUCGUCACCCCUUCGUGUACGUUUUUGGGUUUAUUUUUUUCUGAUUUGAACGUGGUAAAUUUUAAGUCUGUGUGGAUAUGAAAAUGUAUAGAAUCAUCGUAUGUUCUUAUACUUUUUAGGGGGAAAAGUUUAGAUUAAAAUACACGAGGAAAAAAAUCAGAAAUAACUUGAAUGGUAACUUCUUCUCAAUAAAUUUAAGGGACUAGAAAAAGAAAUAUUAGUACUAGUAGAAAAGUCUUUUACAGGUGAUUGGUGUAAAAAAAUAACACGAAAUAUGUUAAGCAUUUUAUUAAUUUCUCUUAUUGUUUAUAUAUAUUUGUAAUUGUUAUUUAUGUAGCCAGUACUUAAUGUAUAUUAUUCCGGAUUUUCAGGAGAUUUAUUUAUGCACUAAGGAAGUCAUGUCUUUAUGAAGUCAGUAGGUAAUCACACCGCCUCUUUUUCUCACAAAAACCAAGUCUUAUGUUGGAUAGUCCUUUUUCUAACAAGCCUUUUAAUCUAAUUUAUUUGAUAUAAACACUAUGUUAAUAUUAAGAAACAAGUAAAUAUGUACGAUAAAAUGUUUGAUAAAAAUUAAAAAAGGAUUUUAUAGUAA